AUGCGCAGCGCCUCUCUCUCAUCGCUGUCGCGUCUUCUGCUACCACUGCUGCUGUUGACCUCGUCUCCGUCAUCAUGCGUCCUCGCCGAUGGGACCGUGUGGGCAACACCUCAUGAUAGUUACUCAUCCUCUGUCGGCGUGCUCGGCUGCAAGAUCAACACUGACCGUGUUGCCUAUUGGCCCGGCUCUGUCGAUUGCAACAACAUUUGCAUAUCGCUAAGCUACGAGGACCGCACCGUCAAACUGCUCCGCAUCGACCAGUCGCAGGGCGCGUACGAUGUUAGCUAUGAUGCCUGGAACUAUCUUUACACCGGAAAAUCCGCCAAAAAGGCCCCCGUUGCUGGUGGCCCGCUCGCUAUGGAGUAUAAGGAACUCCCCGCAGACGACUGCAAGGAGCUCAUCAAGACCAAGAACAAGAAACUGCCGCUUAGCGCCUCAAACAGUAUGAACUUCCUCGCGAGCUGCCUCGGCGAAAAGGGUAGCUGGGUGGGCAGCAACUUUGCCCUCUACAACAUGCUCGAUUCCAUUUGUUCCUGGGGCUACGACGAGGAAUGUGAAAUCGACUGGCCCGCGGCGAACCAGCCUACCUGCAAGCAUUCUCUGGGUAUGCCCGUAGCGCUGAAGGAUGCGCCAGUAUACAACGUUCAGUACCCAUCGGGAGAGGUGGUUGAGGCGUCCUCGGGACAGAAAGUUUCCAACCCUGACACCACGAGCGCGGCGGUGCCAUCUCCGACAGGUCUCAAACAAAACGGCGCUCCAAGCCGCGGCGUGUUGACGAUGUUGAUGGCCAGUUCAUUCUUGUGGACGUUUUUUAUGCUAGGGUCGUGUUGA